ACAUCCGAAUCCGCUCCCCGUCUUGCGGAGAUCUCCGAAGGAUAUUAGAGAGACGACAGGGGAGGAGGGGAAAACAAGAGCGAGUUCGAUCGGUCGGAAUCGGAAAGCAAACGCGAUCUAAGUAUAUAAUAUAUUUAGAUUAGGAGGAGGAGAGCGCGGGGUGAAGCGACCGUUGCGGUUUUUUGAAUUCGUCGGUGAAUUAGAGAGGGAUUCGUCGAAGCUGCGGCCGCUGCUCCCACCGCCGACAUGGCGGCGUCGGUGGAGAACCCGCCCCCCUCCUCGAACACCCACGUCGAGGAGACCAAGACCCUCAUCGCCGCCCUCAACCUCCUCUCCCGCAACCUCCCCCUCCCUCCCGACGUCCUCCGCGCCGUCGCCUCCAUCUACCAUGCGGCCCACGCCGAUCUUCCCUCGCCGACCCCGGAGUCGGAGGCGGAGGCGGUGGCGGGCUCUCUGCCGGAAGAGGCGGAGGAGGACGGUGACGCUCCUUCCUCCGGCGAAGAGAUUCAUUUGGAUCCAACUGGUGGGACUUUGACUUCAGAGCUUGAAGAUGCAUUGUUAAAGCAGCAACUAAGUCGCAUGUCUUGUUCAGCAUUGAUAGAAACAAAAGAAAGUCGCUUUAAUGGUCUAAUUCAGCAUCGUCUUGCAGAACUUGAAGUGUUACCGGCAACCAGGGGUGAAGACUUGCAAAUGAAGUGCUUGCUUGAGCUCUAUGGCUUAAAGUUAGUGGAAUUGCAGAAGAAGGUGCGUUCUGAUGUCUCUGCAGAAUACUGUUUAAACAAGAAAUGUGCACAUCCAGAAAAACAAUUGUUUGACUGGGGAAUGAUGAGACUACGAUAUCCUUUUAACAUGUAUGGUAUUGGAGACAGUUUUCGAGUUGAGGCUGAUGAUCGUCAGCGGAAGAAAAGAUAUGCAGAGAGGAUGUCAAGGUUGGAAGAGGAUGAAAAGAACCAGGCAGAUAUCAGAAAGAGGAAAUUUUUUGCUGAAAUUCUUAAUGCUGCCCGUGAAUCUCAGUUGCAAGCGCAAGCUGUUCUUAAAAGACGAAAACAGCGAAAUGAUGGAAUUCAGGCAUGGCAUGCAAGGCAAAGGCAACGUGCUACACGUGCAGAGAAAUUAAGGUUCCAAGCAUUAAAAGCUGAUGACCAAGAAGCAUACAUGCGGAUGGUUGAAGAAAGCAAGAAUGAGCGCUUGACAAUGCUCCUUACAAAAACAAAUGAACUACUUGUAUGCCUUGGAGCUGCUGUGCAGAGGCAGAAGGAUGCAGAUGGGCUUGAAGCUCCAAAAAGCUUAGAGUUUGAAAAUCUUUCAAAGAACUCUCUCUCUACUAGUGAAACCCCAGGGGAGAUGUCAUUAGAUGAUGACAAUGAUUUCGUUGAUGCGGAUUCUAGCCAGAAUAAAAAAGCAAAUGAUUUGCUCGAAGGGCAACGUCAAUAUAAUUCUGCUGUUCAUUCAAUUCAGGAAAAGGUAACAGAGCAGCCAUCACUACUUCAGGGUGGGGAGCUUAGACCUUAUCAGUUAGAAGGACUUCAAUGGAUGCUUUCACUCUUUAACAACAACCUAAAUGGCAUUCUGGCUGAUGAAAUGGGUCUAGGAAAGACAAUCCAGACCAUUUCAUUAAUUGCAUAUUUAAUGGAAAACAAGGGUGUUACUGGCCCACACUUGAUUGUAGCUCCAAAAGCAGUAUUGCCUAAUUGGAUUAAUGAAUUUUCAACAUGGGUACCCAGUAUUACAGCAGUACUGUAUGAUGGACGUCUAGAUGAAAGGAAAGCAAUGAGGGAAGAAUACUCCGGGGAAGGGAAGUUCAACGUGAUGAUUACACACUAUGAUCUGAUAAUGAGAGACAAAGCUUUUCUGAAGAAAAUUCACUGGCACUACAUGAUAGUUGAUGAAGGGCAUCGCUUAAAAAAUCAUGAAUGUGCUCUUGCUAAGACACUUGUUUCAGGCUAUCGUAUCCGCCGGAGACUUCUUUUGACUGGUACUCCAAUACAGAAUAGUUUGCAGGAGUUGUGGGCAUUGCUUAAUUUUCUUCUACCGAGUAUAUUCAAUUCAGUGCAGAAUUUCGAGGAAUGGUUUAAUGCGCCCUUUGUGGAUAAAUGUGAAGUUUCUCUUACAGAUGAGGAACAACUGUUGAUUAUUCGUCGUCUUCAUCAAGUUAUCAGGCCAUUUCUACUGAGAAGAAAAAAGGAUGAAGUGGAAAAAUAUCUACCUAGCAAGAUACAAGUCAUUCUAAAAUGUGAUUUAUCUGCUUGGCAAAAAGCAUAUUAUCAUCAGGUUACUGACAUUGGAAGGGUUGGACUAGAAUCUGGAAUAAAAUCAAAGAGUCUUCAGAACUUGUCAAUGCAACUCAGGAAGUGCUGCAAUCAUCCAUACCUAUUCGUAGGGGAUUAUAACAUGUGGCAAAAAGAACAAAUUGUUCGAGCGUCAGGAAAGUUUGAAUUGCUUGAUCGUUUACUUCCAAAACUGCAGAGGGCUGGUCAUAGAGUGCUACUUUUCUCCCAGAUGACAAAGCUUAUUGAUAUUCUAGAGAUCUACUUGCAGUUAUAUGAUUUCAAGUACCUUAGACUUGAUGGAUCUACAAAAACUGAAGAACGGGGGACAUUACUCAAAAAUUUCAAUGCCCCAGAUUCUCCCUACUUCAUGUUUCUCUUGAGCACCAGAGCUGGUGGUCUUGGAUUAAACUUGCAGACUGCAGAUACUGUUAUAAUUUUUGACAGUGAUUGGAACCCUCAAAUGGACCAGCAAGCGGAAGAUCGUGCCCAUCGUAUUGGACAAAAGAAGGAGGUGCGAGUCUUUGUCUUGGUUAGUGUUGGAUCAAUUGAAGAGGAAAUCCUGGAACGUGCAAAACAGAAGAUGGGGAUUGACGCUAAAGUUAUCCAGGCAGGGCUAUUCAAUACGACUUCGACUGCACAGGACAGGCGGGAGAUGUUGCAGGAGAUCAUGAGAAGAGGGACAAAUUCACUUGGGACGGAUGUGCCGAGUGAGAGAGAGAUAAACCGCCUAGCGGCUCGAACCGAAGAGGAAUUUUGGUUGUUUGAGAAGAUGGAUGAAGAGAGGAGGCAGAAGGAAAGAUACAGGUCAAGGCUGAUGGUGGAAAAUGAGGUACCUGAUUGGGUGUAUCCUAAAACCAAUGAAGACAAACCCACAGUGAAUCUAGGUCAAGAUACUCAGGGCAGUGAGGUCAGUGGGAAGCGAUCCCGUAAGGAGGUCGUUUAUGCUGAUUUACUGAGUGAUGUACAGUGGAUGAAGGCUGUAGAGAGUGGAGAAGAUUUGUCCAAAAUAACUUCCAGAAGAAAGAGGAAAGAACACCCUUCUGAUGCAUGUGAGUCUGCCUCUGAGGAGGUUGACCGGCAAAGCAUGUCUGAGCAUAGGAAUGUUAACAAAUAUAUACUUGAUGAGGAUGUUAGUGAUGACUCACCAGUAAGAUUGAAGUCUGGCCUACUUCACAACAAAGAUGAAGGUGAAAGUGAUGCCAGCAGUUGGCCUGACAACAUUACUUGGAGGACCCACAAGAGAAAACGUUCAAACCAUGGACUAUCGAGUGCACAUAGGAUCUAAAUGACUUCUAACAUGAUUGUUAAUUUGGUUGAAAUUGAUUGACAGCAGUUGAUAAAAGCAACUAUCAAGAGCAUAGAUGCAGUCAAGAGUACGAACUCAUGCAGAGUCUGCCAGUCGGCGUGCCAACCGUCCCUUUAUAGUUGCCAAGUAAACAAUCACAUGGCAUUUUGAUGGUUCUUGUGACGCUCAAGAUGAUUUAUGAAAGUCUUCAUGUGUUGGUAAGAUUCUUAAUACCAAAGGCUGCUCCUGUUGGUCUCUCCUACUGAUACCGUUUUAACUCCCAUCUGCUUAUCCAUGUCGAAUGACAUGUUUUGAUUAUGCCUAUGCAACAGCAGUAUGCAAUCUGUUUCCUGUUGUAGGAUGGCAGAUUGUGGGAGAAUUAACAGCAUGCGUGACUGAUCCACACGAAAUGGUGCUUACCGUUGUUGUAUGUUUGUUGAUGGUACUGAUUGCUGGACAUGGGACUCAUUGUUACUUUUGUCGAUGAAAUUGAUUGCAGGACAUGAUAUCAUCAUUGUUAUCAUUUUUUGCUCA